GUUAAUGGCACGAAUCAACGGUUGAAUAACUCGGCAUCGGUUUUGGACCAAAUUUAUUGAUAUCGAGUCCAUUUGCUAACUGGGACGCCUUUUUUUCGAAGACUUCUGAGAUUGUUACAAACGGCUGAGAUAUUGUAUAACGAGAAAUACCCAAAAUGCACAGGCGAUUGAAGGACUCAGAUGAACCACCAUACAAGCCUUUAGGCCCUAAGACGGUGGUCAAGGUCUUGCUUAUAAUCUUCACAUGCCUUGGAUUCUCAUGUAUGGUGGUGGCGCACAUGGCCUUUGGCGACGAUUACACUGAGGCGUAUCAGAACCGCUAUAUUCUAUAUUUCGCGACCCAUUUGAUUGGCAUGCUGGAGUCUAUCAUUAUCCUGGCUAUUUUCCUGGCACAGUUGGACUUGGCUUGUGGUGCAAGAAGAGUGUUCGAGAUAGCGAACGUGGUGAUGUCGUUCGGGUUGUCAAUACUGUGUGGUAUUUCAGCGGGUCUCAUGUUCUACUAUGCUGACAAGCUCUACAACAACCGCCUGUACGAUACUGACACAGAAUACUGGAAGUGGUACACAGAUCACCUUCUGGUUGCUAUCAGCGUUGGCAUUCUCAACUCAAUCCUCUUCCUCAUUGACGCCACACUCCAUGCCAACGCCUUCCGAUAACUUUCUCAGAGUUCCUUGAAGAUCUCCAUGACAACUGACUGACGAGAACUAAUAACUCCCCCACCCUACCCCCCACAUAAUCCACAUACUAAACUAUGCAUUACAUGUUUAACGUUAUCAUUGUAAAAACAAGUAAAAUAACUUAAAAUGUAAUAUCGCUUAUCGAACUUUUCUGCCAUAAAUAUGUAAUUAUCGUUUUUA